UUCAAUUCAACGAACGAACGAGUCGCGUCGUUGGGAAUGACCUGCCGGGCUCAGGAUAAUCAGCGGGAUCGCUGCCCACCGCGACGAUCGAUCCUAUCGUCGCUUUCGCGCUUCUAAGCGGUCGAGUGGCGUUGUUACGGUUAAUCCAAUUAUCGUGGACGCCUUUCACGUGCGAAUGAUUUGUGUCACGAUUGGCACGACCGCGAUCGCGAGGAACAGUCGAUUACGAUGAACAGUCGAAGGACUAUCUCGGUGACGCGACGUCUACAAGCUCGACCGAGUUUCUCGUCCAUGAACCCGGUGAAUCACGAAAGCUCGGCUGUCGGCCGUAAAUUGGAACAUCGCCGUUGUCAUUGUCAUCGUCAUCGUCGUCGUCAUCGUCGUCGGGAGACAAAGUGCCGGACGGAAAAAACCCGCGUCCACUAGUGAUAAUUCUACGAUACAUAUAGCACACACACACACACCGCUCGUUGUUUAUGCUCGGCGUUUUGACGCGCUGCCAGAUUUUGCCUUGGCGCACGUGUUAUUUAAUUUUAUGACGUGGGGAUUGCGAGACGGGGGAGCAGAGAGAAUUUCGCGCCUGUCGCAACGGCUAAGCGACGCUUUGCUCAUUCCUGCCCGCUUCGCGCGUUACAUCAAGUGCUACAAGAAGUACUGCAAAAAGAUGGCCGAGGAACCAGUCCAAAGGUUUAUAAAACCUGGCAGCCACAAGGGCAAGGGUCUUGCUGUAUUCACUAGUGGAGGCGACUCUCAAGGAAUGAACGCUGCCGUACGAGCGGUCGUGAGGAUGGGUAUUUACCUCGGAUGCAAGGUAUUCUUCAUCAAAGAAGGCUAUCAAGGAAUGGUGGAUGGUGGGGCAUACAUCGAAGAAGCGACAUGGUCGUCCGUGUCUUGCAUCAUCCACAGAGGUGGUACAGUGAUCGGCUCUGCACGAUGCAAGGACUUCAGAGAGCGUGUCGGGCGCCGAAAGGCUGCUAAGAAUUUGGUGACUCGUGGUAUAACCAACUUGGUGGUGAUCGGUGGAGAUGGCUCUCUCACAGGCGCCAAUCUCUUCAAGGAGGAAUGGCCCGAGUUGCUGAAAGAACUCGUCGAUUCUAGCAACAUCACUGCCGAAGAGAGCGAGAAGCACAAGCAUUUGCACAUCGUCGGGAUGGUUGGCUCUAUCGACAAUGAUUUCUGCGGCACGGACAUGACGAUCGGCACCGAUUCGGCGUUGCAUCGCAUCAUCGAGAGUAUAGACGCUAUUGUCAGCACAGCUUACUCUCACCAAAGAACAUUUAUAAUGGAAGUAAUGGGUCGGCAUUGCGGUUAUCUGGCUCUGGUGGCAGCUAUGUGUUGCGAAGCUGAUUUUGUUUUCAUCCCAGAAUGGCCACCCGAGCAGGAUUGGCCCAACAAGCUGUGCAAAAAGUUGCUGCAGGAGAGGCUUACCGGGCAACGACUCAACAUUAUUAUCGUGGCCGAAGGGGCUGUCGACAGGAAUGGCGACCCGAUUACUGCUGAGAAAGUGCACAAGGUAGUCGUGGACAAGCUACAGCAAGAUACCAGGAUUACUGUCUUGGGUCAUGUACAAAGAGGUGGUAAUCCUUCAGCCUUUGACAGAGUUUUGGGAUGCCGAAUGGGAGCUGAAGCCGUGAUGGCUCUGAUGGAAGCGACGCCCGAGACCGAGGCAUGCGUAGUUACAUUGGAUGGUAAUCAAGCUGUAAGAUUGCCACUAAUGGAAUGCGUUCGUCGUACGAAAGCUGUAGCGCAAGCUAUGGCUGACAAAAAUUGGAGCCUCGCGGUUCAGCUCCGAGGGAAAGGCUUCGAGCGCAAUCUGGAGACUUACAAGAUGCUGACGCGCUUGAAAGCUCCAGUAGAAAGCUAUGAUCCAACCAAGGAAGUUCACGGGUACGCAGUACCGAAGCAAUACACUUUAUGUGGACAAGAGCAUUACACGUUGGCGGUCAUGCAUAUAGGAUCACCGUCUUGCGGUAUGAAUGCCGCAGUUCGUUCCUUCGUGAGAAAUUGCAUCUAUCGAGGCGAUAAGGUGUAUGGUAUCUGCGACGGAGUGUUGGGUCUCAUCGCUGGUAGAUUGAAGCUGAUGGAUUGGUCGUCAGUUACCGGCUGGGUUGCACAAGGCGGCGCCUAUUUGGGAACGAAGCGCACGCCACCCACAAAAGACCAAUUGCCGCAAAUUGCUCAGAAACUUAAGGAAUUCGGGAUUCAGGCGUUACUAAUCAUAGGUGGAUUCGAGGGUUAUCAAACCGGUCUGAUGUUCUUCACAGCGAGGGACAAGUACGCGGAGUUCCGUAUUCCUAUCGCUAUGAUCCCAGCGACUAUCAGCAAUAAUGUACCAGGGACGGAAUUUUCUUUGGGCUGUGACACAGCUUUGAACGAGAUUACAGAAAUUUGUGAUCGUAUCCGGCAAUCGGCGCAAGGUACCAAACGUCGCGUAUUCAUUAUCGAGACAAUGGGUGGCUUCUGUGGAUACUUGGCGACAGUCGCUGGUCUGGCCGGAGGUGCUGACGCUGCGUAUAUCUUCGAGGAAAAGUUCAAUAUUAAAGACCUGAAUCAGGAUGUCAUUGCGAUGGCGGCGAAGAUGUCGGAAGGUGUUCAACGAGGUCUGAUCCUCAGGAACGAGAACGCUAAUCUGAAUUACAAUACCGACUUUAUGCAGAGACUUUUCAGUGAGGAAGGAAAGGGUCUGUUUAGCUGCAGGAUGAAUAUAAUUGGUCACAUGCAACAAGGUGGCUCACCGACGCCCUUCGAUCGCAACUUGGGAACGAAGAUGGGCGCUAAAGCAGUGGAAUGGUUCAGCGACCAAUUGCGAAAGUGCACGAAUCCCGACGGCAGGGUAGUCACGAUAAGAGCGGACAGCGCUGUGAUGCUCGGUAUUGUAAGACGACAAUACAGAUACACGUCGUUCAUGGAACUUCUCGAUGUUACCGACUUUGAGCAUCGUAUUCCGAUAUAUCAGUGGUGGAUGAAGCUGCGUCCGUUGCUGAAAGUGUUGGCGAAGCAUGAGUCAACGUACGAAGAAGAGGGCUUGUAUAUAACCGUCGAGGAAAUGGAUCUUCAGAAUGACCCGCCUCUCGUAUAAGUCGCUAGGUUAAUUACCUAAAAUCGCGCUAAGUAAGUAGACAAAUGGAUAACGUUGCGCGUAUUGUGCGACAUUACGAUAAUUUGGCCGCUGCUCGACAAGACGAAGGGAGAAAAACGAAUCUUAUGCAUAUUUAUUAAAUCACACACACACACACACACACACGUCCGAAGGAUUCGAUCGUUCAUAUCAUUGGUUCUCACGAGCAAUAGCAAUGUACAUGUGUGCGUACGCAUGUUUUCGUUAUCGCUAGUCGUUUCGACGUAUGAACGCAACAAUUUGGGAUGUAAAUUACGCGGACAAAUGCGACCGAGGGUUCCGGGCCAUUUAUUCGUUGGUUUUGAGAGUCACAUUCGGUGCCUCUCGAACAUAAACUUGCGAGUUUUUCAACUCAGGUAAGAAAUAGGUACAAAGACAGUACCUGAAGCGUAAGAGGGUGUUAAGUAUACUUGAGUCUCGUGCGAGCUCGGCCCGCGACGUGCCAAUAGAAGCGAGGUGCUUCCCGUUUGAACAAGAACAACUGAGCGGUAUUGUUACAGUAUAUCUUCUAACGACGUUGAAAUUGCAAUGCGUGCGAUUAUGCAUAGUUUUGAAAUUACAUUAGAUUUCGACAAAUGUAAAAAAUUUCUAGCGUGUAGUAAAGUACACGGAGUUCAGGCGCCAAAUUACGGAAAAUCGUUUCGUCAAACAUGCAGACAGAGAGAGAGAGGGGGGGGGAAGAGAGAGGGAGAGGAAACAAAAAUUGAUAAACCACCCAGCGAUACGCAAGAGACUUACAUUUGAUAUGCUACUCGAACCUGGUACAUACGUUUUGCUGCAUGUCCGGGUAGCCAGCAAAUUGUUGUGCGAUUUUUCAAUAAUGUGUUUUGGUAGUUUGGUUAAGGCUUGAAAAUUGAGGUUUCUAAUGUACAAAAUUGUAGUAGCUUUUUCGAGAUGUAAGACGUUAAUAUCGAUCAACGAAAAGCGCUAACGCGAUAUUAGUAUAUUUAAUUUAUUCUAUAUUAGGAUACUUGAUUGUAAUUAAGCUUCAGAAUACGCUGUUGAAAUAUCGCACCGUGGUGAAACAUAAUCAGCAGGAUCAGGAGAAACAACGACUCAUGUACUGCUUUUUAGCGUCUUUAACGAACAGUAAUAUUGUUUCUGCAUCUUUUCAUUGCUUUUGACAUUGUGAAUUAAAGAUUAAAUUAAGGACGGCCUGUCGAGAUAUCUCGUUUUGACAUUUCGUUCGUUCGCGUUGUACACUUAACAUAACACCCGGUGAAAAACGUUUGUGACAAGUAUAAUCUUCAGUUGCGACACACGGAUCGAGAAGUGAAUCAGAUUGUGAAAUUUAUCAGGAGUUUUACGGAUCAAAACUUUGUGAACUGUAUUUGUGGUCUACUAAGGUGUAGGGUUAAAAAUUAAUGUGGCAUUUUGUGCGUCGGUGAAGAUGUUUAUCCUUCGGUUUAGCGUUUACUCGAAGCUAUAAGAAGCUAUUGGAGAAUAUACCUGUCUACCUCAAAACAUAAUUUUGCAACGAUGAACGUACGACUCACGCAGUAAAAGAAGAGCAGAGAGAGAGAGAGAGAGAGAGAGAAAGAGGGAAAAAGAAAGCGAAUGAGUGAGAGGUUGACCCGUGAGUCGCGCUCUGGUUGCACGUAACAUUAAAGAAUUUCGCUAAAAUUUAAGGCUUGUGACCACAAAGGAGUACUUAGAUUUAAUUCUUUUUCUCUUAAUCUAUACUCGUGUAUUUAUCUUUCGGCGAAAGCGUGCAAGCUAUUAAUAAUCUCUCGUAAUUGUUUUCCUCGGCGUAUAUAAAGUAGCGUUCUCUUGUCUCGUGCCCUCGCGAGAUUCUAUAGAAGCCAGGCAGUAGUUGCACUCUGGUGACUACUGAAAAUUAUAAUUGUGUCUCGCGCGCCAUAUAACUCGCUCGCUCGCUCAUCCGCCCGUUCGCGUAUCCGCUUGUAUGCGUAAAUGAGUAACAUUACCGAACAUGAUUAACGGGAAUACGGACGUGAGAAAGAGAGAGAAAGAGAGAGAGAGAAAGAAAAAGGGGGAGAAACUUGCGCGUGUAUGUGUGUGCGCGCAUGUGUGCGUAUGCGUAUGUGUGUGUGCGCCCGUUGUAGCGUGUACUCUUCUUCAUCAUUUUUUCUGUGUAAGUAGUUUGCGCACCGACGCUCGCGUGGAGAAUCGCGAAGCACGCCCAUGAUUCUUCGUUUUGGAUGCCGCCGCGCUUAGCAUUCGCAACUCGCGUCGACUUACACCUAAGAUUGGCUUAGUAGGUAAAGAUUGAUGUGUGCAUGCUCUGUGCAAGAGGAAGAAGAAAACAGAAAAGAAGCAAGGACGACGUAAAAAAAUAUAUACAUAUAUAUAUAUAUAUAUAUCUUCGAAAGUACAAUAAUUACGCGCGUACGUUACGAGUUCGCUCGAGUUAGAGUGUUAACGUAAGAUCGUGUAAUAUACGUAUAAAGAAUUAUAUCUGGCAGGAUCGCUUGUUUCAAGUCGUUAUCGAAAUACAUGUGUAUGAUCUACUACUCUCGGUAGUGUGUAUACGACAGAUAGACGAUAAUAGCUCUCUUGUUGAAAAACCGACCGAAUAAUACAACUAACACGACACUUGACCGUUCAAGCGAUGCAUCGGGUAGAGAUGUUCGUUUAUUCGUUAUAUAUCACGAGGUUGAAAAGGCGACCAAAGAUACCAAGUAUUUGAGCAAAGUCAAGGCGCAACGACAGGGAGAAAAGGGGGACACGAAGGCUCCUGUUAAUAAUCUGUGAAUUAAAUUAUAGCCACUUGAUUAUAUUCGUUAAUUGCAUUGCAACAGUACAGUUUUACCGUAUCUCUCGUGUGUCUCGAUGAAUUUUCAUCAUGGAAUCGAAUUCGACGUGCUGAAAAACAUACAUAACACAUCACUCAAUAAGUUCGUAGGAUGACAUAUAAAUGGCGCUACUAUUGACAAAUCCAUAUGAUUUUUAGGAAGUACUAACCUUCGAAUGAUACGUGUCAAAAUUUCAUGACAAUCGGACGUUCAGUUCACAAGUUACAGUGGUUUUAGUGACGCACGAGACUCUGGUUUUAGUGACGACUCGUUUUAGCAACGCGUCGACGAUUCAGCGGGCUGUUUGGAGCUGUUUCAGCGCGACAAAAAGGAUUUUUUGAUGCGGUAUGUGACAAUGGAUGAAACAUGGAUCCAUCACUACACUCCAGAGUCAAAUCGGCAGGGAAAGCUCCAGGGAAAGAGAUUUGGCUCCAAUGAAGAAGUGACUGCUGAAACUGAAGCCUUGCUAAAACGAGUCGACGUCUCGUGCGUCACUAAAACCACUGUAACUUGUGAACUGAACGUCCGAUUGUCAUGAAAUUUUGACACGUAUCAUUCGAAGGUUACUACUUCCUAAAAAUCAUAUGGAUUUGUCAAUAGUAGCGCCAUUUAUAUGUCAUCCUACGAACUUAUUGAGUGAUGUGAUAUAUAUAUAUACACACACACACAUUCGAACGAUAUUUAAUUCGCGUGUCUCUUCGUCGAAAUAUCCACGUGUGUAAUCAUCAAUCGCUAUUUAUCGCAUUGUACUACGAGGCUGUACACGCAGAAACGUACAAAUGAUACUCGCGUAAUGUCAAAUGCAUGCCCGCCGCAUUAGCGCAUUAAGGUUACGCGUGUAUAGAAAUGAGAUAUUAUUUUUAAGAUUUCAGAGAUAUAUUUUCGAGUCAUUGUUGAUCAAUGAAUUUACAUCUGAGACCCGUGACGUGUAUAUAGUAUUACAUUUAUCGUAAUUUAUUUUUUCUCUUUCGACAUCAAAUGUGAUUGACAUACCACCGCACUCUGGGCGGCGCAGCGCGUAUUAUAUUGCAAAAAUCCGUGAGGAUUUCGGAAUUAUAAUCGAGAUCGAUCAGUUGUCUAAAUUGACGAAACGUCUAAAUCAGGCGGAACAAAUACGUAUUAUUAUUAUUAUACACAUUGACGAUGUUGUAUCUGUGUAUCGUGAAAUAAACUAUAUCUUCUAAA